AUGUCUCGAGAUCCUGCUUAUUUUCGGACAAUAUCAGUGAAACUCUCUGAGGUCCUCGAUGAUAUUGGAGUGAAUGAGAAAACGGUACUGAAGAAGAGGAGAAUGAUCUUAUUGAGCGAAACUAUAGGGAAGAUUGAACUAUUGUUAUUUGACAAAUGUGUUACUAACUAUUAUUUCGGUAGCCAAUCUGAAGGAUCAACAACAAUAGGACUCGAAUCAGACAUGGAUUUAGUUAACUGCAGUCAUUUUGUUCAUGUGAUAAAGGACUGGAGUGAGUGGCAACAUGGUAUGAUUAAUCUCCUAAUGAUCCGGGAUGAGACCACAUCACCUGGCUACUGCCUUCUGCAGGUAUUGAGGAAAGAUGAACCUCUUCCUCUGUAUUUACCUGAACAUUUAUCUGAAUCUGCAGACAUUUUUAGGUGUUAUACAGUAAGAGGAGGUAGAACAUUAAUGAAACCCGCCAGUUUCAAUAUUGAUGUUGAUGCAUUUGGCGUUACAAAUGUAAAAAAUGGUCCAGCAAACACAGUAAAACUUGCAGGUUUUACUGAAUGUGAUCUUGUUACUGCUUUCCCUUGCAAGUCAUGGCCUGUAGAAGCCCAAGCAUGGUUAGUAAGACAAGGUAUAGGAAGGUGGCCAACAGAAGAAAUGAAGACAUAUUGUGAGAAAACCGGAUGUUUUGUUGUUCCAGUGAGCAGUAAGAGUAGCCAGUGUGAGGACCUUGAAUGGAGAAUAUCUACUUCCAUGGCUGAAAGGUAUCUAAUGUUCAGUUUAAACAUUACACAAAUAAGAUGUUACAUCCUUAUGAAAAUGAUUCUGAAAGUAUUCAUAAAUCCUCAGUGUAAUGGUGUACUGUCAAGUUUUAUGUGCAAGACGGCUUUACUGCAUUGUAUACAGUGCACAUAUUCAAACAGUUGGCAACCGCCCAAUUUACUUGCAUGUUUGACUUUCUGCCUUAUCAUGUUGGAGAACUUUGUUAGGCAAAUGAAUUGUCCACAUUUUAUUAUACCUAAAAACAAUCUAAUGGCCGGGAGAAUUUCUCCUCGUGAAAAACAUAAAAUUCUAGAAAUCUUACAAAACUUUAUACAAACAGAAGGUCGUGCAUUACUGGCGAUUCCCAUUGACAAACUUGGCACUAGACUGCAAGUGAAGAUGAACAUGUAUGUUGCUUUUAACUACUACUGGAGUCCAGCCUUAAUCUAUGAAAUAAAUUCAGGAGAUUUUCUGAUGCACGUAAGCACUGCUAUAAAUGCGAAUCACCUGUUGUUUUUAGAAAGAAUAACAGAUGAGAGAAGUGGUGAUGUACAGGAGAUGUUGUCAGACUUCACAUUUAAACUGAUGAACGCAUACAGAGAAAUAGGUUGUAAUAGUUUAGAAAAAUCUGCACUCAAACUUAUGAUACCUCUGUUAUAUACUUCACUAGGGUCUGCGGUGGCAUCUAGUGAAAUUUACGCUGACGGAGUUAUAUCUCGUAAAGCUCUGACAUGUUUUUCUAUCGGUUUGAAUUCCGACGUAUCAUCUGGCAGACUUAAGUUUGCCUCAGCAAUGUAUUGUCUUGGAGAUAUGAUCAAAACCGAGAUUGUCUUGAGGAAUACUGAAGGCUUGUAUGAUCUGAACAUCGUGGAACCAGUAUGCAAGUGUUUUGUUUCAAGAACAGUUCCCACUAGACAUGGGUUCAAAUAUAAAUCAAGCACUGGCAAUGAAGAACUUCUCAGGCGAACGAUAGCCUUUUGUAUUAGAUUUACACGUCAUGAAAUUAACUGUGUUCCACAAGAGCUACAAUAUGAAAUGUUCAGAUCUACGCAAGAAGAACUAUUUGAAAGGAAUGAACUCUGUGACUUUUGGAUGGACUGGGCAGUAGUAGAUUCCCUUCCUUACAUCUAUUUUCUACAGUACAAAACGUAUGGCCACCUUCAGAGAGCAGCCGAGCAGCAGCAGGCACUCACAAACCUAGUCGCUACCAUUGAAAUUGAGUCUAACCUUUGUCACCGGGAAACAGCGCUAAAUUUAUUGGGGCAAUGUAUGGAACAGGAGAACCGACAUAAUGAUGCUCUGCGCUGCUACAUGCUAUCUCUGAACACCCGUGCAAGAAACAAUGCCGCAAAUUUUCUUGUAUCUCGGUUAUUUCAUGCAUUUGCUAGAAACAGACACGUCGUGUAG